UGUCUCAUAUUGUGUACGAAGCGUGUUUGCCAGCCAUAACAGGCGUACCUCGGGCUGGUACGGUCUCUAUUUCCCUUUCCGAUUGGGUUACACUGAGCACAAAAAUAUCUUUUUCAUGGUUUUCUAAUUCGCUUCGCACCUUCGUCUCUCUUACUCCUCCACCUCCGUCAAGUAACAUUUCUCCCCUCCCUUCAAUAUAAUGGUGGCAAUAUCCGUCUGGGCUAUUGCUUUGUUAGCCACCAUAGGCGUUACUAGUGCGGCCGACCCAAUCCACCUUCCCCUUAGACGAACCGAAGGAUAUCAUAAAUCACUCAAUCGACGUGCAACCGCUAGCCCAGUCCAACUAUACAACGCCGCUAGACAAGGAGGAUACGGUAUAGAUUUAACCAUUGGAACGCCAGCUCAAAACUUUACCGUCAUCAUCGAUACUGGUUCAACUGAAUUAUGGGUCCCUGGACCAUUAUGCCCUAAAACAGAAUGCUUCGACUCAUUGUUCAACACAUCAUUGUCAACCACCUACGUUGCAACUACCAACCCCAUCGACCUCACCUAUACCCUUGGAAGCUUCAACGGUACCUAUGGUAGAGAUACUGUUACUAUUGGUCCAUACACCACUCCCAAUAUGACAUUUGGAGUUAUCGAAGCCACUGCAAACAACAGUUCUCCAGUGUCUGGAGAGCCUUAUUUGAAUGGCGUCUUCGGUCUUGCAUUCCCAACCCUGACGUAUUCCUCAGAAACACUACAAUUUCAAUACGAUCCGUUUAUCUUUGCCUUGUGGAAGGCAAAGCAGAUCCCUCAAUCCAUUUUCUCCAUUUAUCUUGGAUCAAGACUCAUUGAAGGGGAAACAGGACUCAUUACAUUUGGCGGCGUAGACACCUCAAAGUAUUCUGGCAGUCUCAAUUGGCUACAGGUUCAAAAAGAAGCUGAUUCUGCAACCACAGCAAAUUACUAUCACUGGAACAUUUUGCUGGUCGGAUUGGCUGCUACGGUGAAUGGCAAACAAACCUCUAAUUUGCUGGGUACAUCUGGCGCUGUAACUCUUCUGGAUACUGGCACUACCUUUUCAUUCAUGCCUUACACUGCGGUAGCAAACAUGUUGACAAACGUUGACCCGUCCGCUAUUUAUACACAGGGUGGUUUCUACGUCGACUGCAGUCUUGCUUCCUCUACUGGAACAAUUGAUUUCGCGUUUGCAAACACCACCGGAGGCAGUGGCGCCACCGUCAUCAGUGCCUCUAUCUCAUCCCUCGUCAUUCCUUUAGACUCUCUUUCACCUUCUACAGCAACACAAUGCGUAUGGGGUAUUCUCCCAGAAGAUGGUGUAUAUUUGCUCGGUGACACUUUCUUGCAAUCUGUGUAUGUUGUUCACGACUUUGUGAACUAUUCUGUUGGCAUUGCUGCCGCAUCAUGGACAAACUCGACCGCCACCAGUUCUGGGGGCUCAGCGACUGGUACCAGUGGAACUUCCUCCACACCCGGAUCUAACCCGGUUCAUAUAAGCAAUGCGCAAAGCGUCAGUGGUGCCGCCAUUAGAAUGCUGACUUCCUUAGCUUUGGUUGCCUGUGUCUGCCUUUUGUUGUAAAGUAGAAUUCAAUAAUGAUACCCUGGCGAUUUGUACUGCCUGAAAACAGCUCUUUUGUCUUUUUCUUAAAACAGGCGUAAUGCCCUUCUUUUGCUUGUGGCAGUAAUACCAGUACAGUAC